CAUUUGUCAUCUCUAAUUUGCGCACCACCAACAGCAAGCUCUGUAUUUGUGAAAUUUUUACUUAAAAUAUCUGAAUAUAAAAAUGUUGGGCCGCAGCAGUGUUAUUGCACGCAACUUCUCGCAAUCCAUGGUCCGCUUCAGCGGCCAUGGUGGCGUUCCCGGCGAGAAUCUGCCCUUCGGCCUGACAAACAAGUACAGGAUCACCGCUCUGUUCACCAUCGGCUGUGUUCUGGGCUUCGGCUCCCCCUUCCUGAUCGUCAGACAUCAACUGCUGAAGAAGUAAGGUCCCCCAGUGACCAUGGCGCAGCCAGCAGGCAGCAGCAACAGCAACAAAUGUAAGAUGUAAGAUGCUUUGUCGGUCCAGCCAGGCGGUGCAGUGUGUUACAGCUUAAAUUUAGGUGUAAAGUGGAAACGUAAUAAAGUUGCCCCCAACUGUAAACCAA